AUGGCGGCAGCGGUAGCGAGUCCCUCCAGUGGACACCGCCAUGAUAGCCUCUUCCUGUCGGUCUUUCCCAAGACCAACUUCACCACACCUACUCCGGAGUCAACACCAAACAUUGGCUCUAUCUCGUCCCCUGGUGCGCCAUUCGGAGGCUUCGGCAGCUUCAGAGAGGAGCCCGACGAGACUGUGAGGUUCACUCGGGCCUGGAGUACGGCGACCAGACACCUCGCCCUUUCAACACAGUCCGAGGAGGGCAGACCAGUCGGGAGAGAUAUCCUUGAAGCCUUUUUCUACCUGCUACAGAAUGGACAGUCUCAGAAAGACCUCGCUGCUUGGUACGCGAACGAAAUUGGUGUGCACUUGCGAACAUUUGUUCUUCCAGAGUUGCAGGCCUGGGAGCAGCCGAUCCCGCUGUCAAAGGCUAAUGAUGUCCUUCGGGACACGCUGCAGUUGCUCCUCAAUGCACAACAAUACUACAUUAGUCGUCUGGAGACCCUAAUAUCGAGCAUACCGCCGGGAGGACGAAAGGAUCAUGUAACGUCCUUCAGAACACAAGCGCUGCGCAGCUUUCAUACUCUGGUGCUGCAUUCCCUUCCACAGCAACGGUUGCAGAAGACCCUCACUGGUGUCAUCUAUCAGCGUCUCGAGCAGUCGCUGCUGCAGUCGAGCAACCCCGAGAGAUGUCUCAAGGAUGGCCAAUGUCACUGCCAGUUCGAUCUGAGUCAACUACCGCUGUCCGAGCUCCAUGAAGUCGGUCUUGGAGGACUGAUUGGCGAACGCGCGUUUGCACAAGCCAUUCACAGGCUGUUGCAAGGCCCAGGUAUCGAGCGACGAUGCUUUCAAGUGGACUGGACUGGUCAUCGAUCUGUGCUCACAAGGCUCCGUUCCUGGAUGUCCAGCCUGGUCAUCCCGCAGGUCGAAAGGGCGCUCGCAGCACUCAAAGGGAAUAAUUGGAUGAAGCUGGGUGCUGCAGACGCUGAGCAGCUCACCUCAAUUGCAGUUAAUAAUCUUGGCCAUUCGAGGACCAGCUCGCUUUUCGACUACGUCAAAGCCUGGCCCGCGAGCACGGGAGCCAUACUGGACAUCUGGGAGUAUCUCAGCGCCGGUACUCAGACGGACAAAGCUCACGUCUGCCAAAGCUUUAUCGAGCAGAUGCAGCGACGCUUAUUACAUGCUGGCGCCAGUACUUCGGACAUCCUAGGCUUGUAUGUCAACGUCAUUCACGCUUUUAAAGCGCUCGACGGACGAGGCGUGCUCCUCGAGAAAGUCGCAGUGCCGAUUCGCAACUAUCUUCGUGCUCGAGACGACACUGUCACUAUCAUUGCAGUGAGCUUCCUGGCCGAUGUGGACGAGAAUGGGAACGUGGCUACGAGUGAAGUCGAUCGAGUCUGUACAGACAUCACACUGGAGGUCUCCAACACAGCACUUGGGGGUAGCAGCGAGCACCACAUGCUGAACUGGGAUGACAUGGAAUGGAUGCCGGAUCCAAUCGACGCAGGCCCCGACUACCGCUCUUCCAAGUCAGAAGACGUCAUUGCUCAGAUACUUGGGCUCUUUGAACAGGAGGAAUUCAUCACGGAGGUCACAAGUGUACUGGCACAGCAUCUGCUGCACGCAACAGAUCCCAGCUUUGUCAAGGAGACCAGGCUGGUUGAGCUCCUGAAAUCACGCCUGGACGCCACGAAGCUGCAGGCUGCGGAUGUCAUGCUCAAAGACAUGCGAGAUUCUGUAGCUCUGGGCAAGCGUAUCAAUCCGUUGGCGAACUAUGGGACAGAUGCUGCGCCUACGCCAAAAGAGAUCCAAGCAGCAAUAACGGAAGGAGGCAUCACUCUUUCCUCGCUGUACAGGCUGUUCCAGACUCGCAUCAAGCGCUCGCAGUUUAUGGCUGCCGUCAAGCUGGUGGCCAACAAGCGCGGCGACCUCUACUAUCCGAAGCGGACUGGUGCUCCUGCGGAGACCGGAGCCUCGCUCAGCAAGAACGGCACGAUCAACUUCAAGACUCAGAUCCUCUCGAGCUUUUUCUGGCCCGAGCUACGAUCGGACGAGUUCCGCAUACCGCAAGCAUUAGAGCCGCUGCAAAACACAUUCGAAAAGAAAUUCGGAGAGCUCGGAAGCCAGCGCCGACUGCACUUCCGUCCAGCACUGGCUCGUGUGUCAGUCCGGUUGGAUCUGGAAGACAGAACCAUCGAAGAGUCUGACGUUCCAGCAUGGCGAGCAAGUGUGAUCGACGCAUUUCAAGACUACGAUGACACUGUCGGCUUGACCGCAGAACAACUAGCCGAGAUGCUGCAGAUGGACGAGGAGCUCGUGAUGGACGCACUCCACUUUUGGACAAGCAAGAGUGUACUGUUCCAGCUAUCGGCCGGCGCAUACGCCGUCCUCGAGAGACUGGACAUGGAGAUCGAACCUCUUCAUCAACAGGCACAGCAUCACGACGACAUGAUCUCAGCAGUGAAAUCACAGGAUGCCAUGUUCCGCGAGAGCGCGCCGAUGUUCGAAACAUUCAUUGCGAACAUGCUGCGCAACCAGGGUGCCAAAGAGAUUGGUGGGAUGAUGGGUAUCACGAGCUUGCUCAAGAUGGUGCUGCCGACUUUCACGUAUGGAGAUGAAGAGGUCAUCUUAUUGCUGAGUGACAUGGAGAAGAAGGGGCAGGUGAAGAGGAAUGAUGGUCUCAACACACCACAUUCAAUACAGAGAAUCAUGGACAACAACAAAGACCAUCGAGUCGCCGCAUUGUCCUCGAAACCCGGAAUCGACGGACCUGCCCACCAGCCUGGCCCGGCGAUCGAGAGACGUGCUACUGGGACACGCGCAACGAACAAGCCAUGUAACCGCGAAGGACAUGGCUGGGGCAAGCGCUGCAGACUCAACCGCCUUCCAACCCAGGGUAACUCCACUACGCCUGCGUCUCCCUCCAGCCUUGCCGUGACCGCGCCUGUUACACCCUACGAACCUCAAGCACAACAGCAAACCUUCGGUUCGCCGCUGCACAGAUGCAAAGCCGCUGGCCAUCGCGAUCCAAGAGGGGACGCCAGGGACGACGGACCAGCCGAAACACCCGCCAGCAAGCCCAACACCACACGACCGCGCCGCAGCAAAACUGCAAAAACGACCAUCCAACCCCACAACGAGCAACCCCAGUCCCGCCUCCUCACCCUCCCCCGCGAACUCCGCGACAUGAUCAUCUCCCACCUCCUAACCCAACCCACCGCAAUCUACACCAACCUCCUGAUUAACCCGGUCGCAAACGAGCGCUCCACCGUCGACGCCUACCUCGCCCUCUCCCUCACGUCGCGCCAAAUCCACCACGAAGCACACCACAUGUUCUUCCGCAGCAACAGCUUCGCCUUCCACGCCGCGACCUGGGGUCGGAUCAAUCUACCCGCGAUCCCGGCGCGCUCGGUAAAGGUGAUGAGGCGGUUCGAGCUGUAUAGGUGGCGGGCUGGGGCGGAGGUGCGGUUGGUGUGCCGGGUGGCGGGGAGAGUAGGGGAGGAGGAGGUGGAUUUUAAGGUCGUGUGUGGGAAGCAGUUGCCGAUUCCCGGGAGGACGGUGGAUGAGCCGAAGGAGUUGAUGAGGGCGGUGUGGAGGGUGAGGUAUUUGGUUUGUGAGUGUGUGAGGGCGUAUGGGGCGCUUGGUAUGGCGGACUUGAGUCUUGCGGCUAUGGAGGUGAAGAUGGUGUGGGCUUAG